GCUCUGUCUGCUGGUAACUCCAAACAGCCCAGUCAGCAGAUAUACUCACUGUCUCCAGAGCAUGGGGCCUUUCAAUCUGAUCUUCCUUUUCAUGUUAAGUUUGACUUUUCUUUCCAGUGGCAGUGCGGCGAGACGGCGAGCACGGGGCCAGAGUCCAAUUGACAAGAUCCAGGCUCAGCAAAACUUUAACAUUCAGCAGUUUACAGGUGUGUGGCGCCUCAUUGCUGUUGGAUCGCAAUGUUCGUAUCUGAAAACAAAUAACCACAAUCUGGAAGCGGUUACUAUGCGAGUGAGCGAUCAGACUGAAGACAUGCGUAUCAACACGCUCCGCAAAAUGGAUGGGAUCUGUUGGAACAUUAAGCAAGACUACAAGAAGGCUGUGACCCCAGGGCGAUUCUCAAGGAAAAAUCGGGGACUGACCACUGACAUUGUGGUCGGUGAAACAGACUACACCAAUUACGCAAUACUCUUCUUUCAGCAAAGACGGAAAAUCACUGUCAAACUCUAUGGGAGAACCUCUAAUGUCGAUGAAGCUGUAGAGACCAAGUUUCAACAACUUGCUACCAGCAACAACAUCCCAGAAAUAUUCAUCUACGCGUUCCCUCAAUAUGGGUUCUGUGAUGCCGCUGAUGAGUUUCAUCAACUUGAUGACGAUUUUGGAAAAUCUUAAAGCCAGAUGCGUUGAGCCAUGCUCACUCUGCCCGCAGAUGGUUUGUGAUUUCUCUACUGAUGGAUCUGAUCAGCACCCUGCCAAUUGAUCAAAUAAAGUUGGGCAUGGCAUUAAAUCCUGGUGAUCUCCUUUACUCCUGUAGUCACUUGCCCUUCUAUCUAGAAUCUAUGGCAGAGGGAUUUCCUUUAGUCAGGAGUUCCUGACCAUCCGUGUGGCUGGCAGAGCUGAAGGAGGAAGGAAAUCUGGUAACAGAAUCUACUUCUGAACUUCUAUCGAGGCAAGGACUGGACCAUUAGUUUCUGGUACAUUGCAACAGUCUUUGUCCCAUGUCUGCUGCUGAUGGUUCUCAAGUUGAUCCUGAGGAAGAAGCAGGGGAAAUUGUGCCCCUCGGUAAAUUCAUGAGCUGUGUGACUAAACCACAUGAUUCAUCUUUUACAAUCGUGGCUGCACCACUUCUCCAGAGUUGCCAUCUUACCUCUUCCACUUUUGACCUCAUUACGAACCACUUCUUCAGUCACCUUUUCCAACCAUCUUCCUUCUUCCACCUCCAACACUUCCCUAACCACCUUCUCCUCUGACUUCCCUCGACUCACUGAGUAAUGAUAAUGAGACAGUACCGGUACACAUAAGCAUUAAGGAAUACUUCCAGAUGAGACAUGGAGCAGGGAAAUAGUGGUUAAAAAUAGACUUGAAGGUUGUAUCUGAAGUGUUCAUAACACGGUGAAUGUCAUGAAUAGAAACAAAUGAAUACAAUCAAAUUUACAUUGUGCAGAUGUAGUUGCAAAUUGACCAACAUUGGAAAUUAAAUAUUCCAGGAUACUUGGGUUUUGGAAGGGAAAAGGGAGAUGUCAGGGGUGAGUGCGUGGAAUGGGCUGCUGGUGACGGUGGUGGAGGCUGAUAUGAUAGAGUCUUUUAUGAGACUCCAGGAUAGGUACAUGGAGCUUAGAAAAAUAGAGGGCUAUGGGUAACCCUAGGUAAUUUCUAAGGUAGGGACAUGUUUGGCACAGCUUUGUGGGCCAAAGGACCUGUAUUGUGCUGUAGGUUUUCUGUGUUUCUAUGUUUCUAUGUAAAAUGCAAACGGAGGAAUGUCCCUGGAAAGAAAGGUAUUUGAAGGAUGAUAUUGGAUGGAGAAUAAAGUAUAAUUAACUUGGGAGGAACUAGGAAGCAGCGAGGGCAGACGUCAUUUGUGCACAGGCUCCCGACCAGGAGUGAUAAUGCAGGACAAAGCAUAAGGCAGAAAAUGUAACAGGGUUAAUACAAUCAUUGCCAGGGACUUUAAUGUGAGCAUAAACUGGACAAACCAAAUAGUGUCGAAGUGAAAUUAAUCAAGUGUGUAUGGGGUAGUUUCUGUGUCAGAAUAUUGAACAUAGUUUUCCAGUUUAAGGUGGUGCUGGUGAAUUUCAGCAACUACUUGCUGAGGCCAAUGAAACAAAGAAAACAACUCAGUACUUUGUUAAUCGCACCUUUUCUGUUAAAAGUUCACCGCAAACAAUAGCCUGCAACUUCCUUUGGCUGGAGGCAAUCCAAUGCGGCAGUACUGAUGUGAGGUGAGGCAGCAGGAAAGAUGCAAGGUUCGAUGGAUUUGAGCUGAAAUGGAAAGGUUGGGUACAGGCUGAAUCGAGGUGGCAGAGUCCAGGCCCCAGAGCAUAUCAAAGCAACACAACCCAACGUUUGGAUGACGAUUUAAGUGCCAGGUAACCAAGUCUGGAAAGAUCAGGUACAGGCUGAAUCAAGGCAGUGGGGCCCAGGCCCCAGAGUGUAUCCAAGCCUCUGAACCCAAUGUUGAGAUGAUGAUUUAAGUGCCAGGCCAGAAUGAAAAGGUCAGGGUAUCAGGGCCCGAGGCGAGGGUCAGGCUGGUUCAGCUACCUGCAGUUAUGGGAUGCUCUGGGAUUUAGACGCUCUAACUUCCCAGAGUACGGAUAACUGGCGCGGCCCUUUUAAGGGUCUGGGAUGGUCCCACUAAUCAUGGGUGCCAAGAAUCGUAUAUUUAAGGAACAUCUGAACUGAGGUUCGGUGCUCAGUUGUAGGCCCUACUAGUGAUUUCGUCUAGCGAUUCUUUUAUGCUCAGUUCUCGAUCCUGGCUUCGGACACUCCAGCAUCUGGGCCCUAACCAUCCUCGUCAAGCACUCUUGUCACAGUAAGAUUGAGCCAACAUGGACCCAGUGGGGUAUCAGAGCCUUUCGUCAGCUGUAGCCAACAACAGCAAGACAACCUCAACACAGAACCUGGAGAUGCACGAGCCCGAGGUCGCUAUGUGUCAGCUAAUGCAGGGAGGAAGCCAAAGUCGCUCACGUGAGGCUGUUGGUCGCACUGCGGAGUCUGUACAUCUUCCAACCCUAGAGAGAUUCGAUGGCGACCCAGGUUCCUGUCACCACUUCCUCGUCCAGUACUCAUUAGUGUUUGAACUCCAGCCACCUGCGUUCCCUCCGGAGUGUGGAAAGGUGGCCUUCAGUAUCUCUCUUCUGACUGGCAGAGCCCUGGCCUGGGCCACCGCGCAUUGGGAUCAUAGGUCAAGGAUUUGCUCGGAUUCGUGGCUGCCAUGAGGAAGGUGUUUCAUCACCCGACCGGACCGCCUGAUGAAGAUUCAGUGAGGAGUGACGGUCAGCAGCCGACUAUCUGCCAGGAGAGUGAUUGGAACAGGGAGGCCUUGGCCACGCUAUAUUGCCAUGGACUUUGAGAUGAACUGAAGGAUGCCCUUGCCUUGGGAGAGCCAGCAGAUAAUUUAGUUCUUACCGGCCAGUUUAUCUGUCUGGCCGAGCAAAAGGGGGAACCAGUUCAGGAGGGUGAAGCCAGCCAGUCUGAGCCCAGUCCCUACGAAUUGCAGUACCACUCCCAACCUCAGACCACGACCAGCCCAUCGCCUACUCAAGACCCAGCUAGCCCAUGCAGGUCAGUUGCACUAGACUCUCCGAUGAGAGAUCCCCGCAUCAGAGUUAAGGUUGCUGCUUUUACUGCAUGAGCAGGUCACCUGUAGGUCGAAUGUCUGAAGCUGCAGUCACCUAGGGAACUAUAAGACCACCUAUUGUCGGGAAGACUGACAGUAGCACCCACUAUGCCCAAUCCCCACAGAUCCUGGUUUCCUACUGAAGGUGGAAUUCACCUGGGGCAAGAACUCGAGGCAGGUGAAGGUUUUUGUUGACUCUAGGGCAGUGGGCAAUUUUCUGGAUUUAGGAACUGCCCGUCGGUUCGACAUGCCGCUGCGAGAGUUGAUCCCGCCCAUGCCCGCAGCUGUCUUCGACGGCCACCCACUGGGCUCCGGGCAGAUCCAGCAACAAACUGUGGUCUUGUGGAUGAGGAUGGGAAAUCAUGUGGAAGACUUUCAUUUCUACAUUAUUGACUCACCACUCAUACCCCUGAUCCUUGGGUACCCUUGGCUGUCCCAGCAUAACCCAUUCGCGGACUCGAGGGAGGGGAGGAUUAUUGCCUGGUCCAGUUAUUGUAAGAGGGUUUGUUUGAGGCAUGGUGUUCUGACACCGAGACACUCCCGUGACCCUCGCUGGGCAGAUAUGCCCCACCUCUCUGGAUCCAUUUUCAGACACACACACUCUAACGGAGCAGGAUAACAGAGAUGCUAAUUCCCAGGGACGGCCUGUAAACGAGGGGAGAUUGUGGGGAGAAUGAGAAGGGGGACGUGAGAAGGAUUUUGCGGUAUCAGCAAGUGAUGAAGUUCAGUAGCCACUGCAGUGUCACAGCCACAGACUGUGCAUUACUCAGCCCUGACAAUGAGGGAAGAGGGCAGUGACUGCGUUGGAAAGGUUUGGUGAUAAACUUACUACUGUGGCAUGUGUAUCUGGACAUUAGGGGGAGUGGGCAGGGUCUUAGGUGAAGGGAAGUUAUGUAUUGGUCAGGAUGCACUCCAGUUGUUAAGAGGGGAGACUGAUGAUUUACUUACUGACUUGAUGGCCAUUGAACUUCUCACACAGAUCGAUAUCCUUCACUGUGACGCUGACCCCCAGUUCAUCCCAGACUCAUUGCCAACUGGCUUGGAGCUGGAUGACGUUCUGGCCCCCUCUCUCCUCCUCUCUUUUAUUCACACUCCUGUGUACCGUCCGGCCUGCCCAACAUUCUACCCCGUGCUCUUUAAAUAUCCCAUUCUCUUGUCACUGUCGACAUACUGUACCUUCACAAGCUUUCUUGUGAGAAUUUCCUCUCCCUCCCCAACCUGAGUCUUACUGUUGGUCUAAUCUCAUUCCCCGUCCCUCUUCACCAGCCCCACGAUAUCCCACCCAGCACACUUCCUGCCAUUCGUUGUUUUAUUUUACACUCUUCUGCAUUUGCAUUUGUCUGGUUCACACACUCUGCGUAUUCAAUAAAUAUCUCAGAAACUCCAGUUUCGCUUUCCGCUCACUUCCCCUGACCUUUCCCACUCAGCAUUUUCACAAUGACUUCCCAACUUCCCCUUCUAUCCUUAAACACAAAGGAUCAUUUUGUUUCCUGCCUGCUCCACAUUUCCCUGUAAGACCCCGGCUCCUUCCCCACUGCUGGCAGAUCUCUCAAUCAGUCACCCCUUUCACAUCCCUUCCCAGUGGCGCGCCACUGUCCCAGAUCUGAGCCCCGCCUCUCUCAGGUACUCCAAUGUUGUCCCUUCAGCAUUUCUUUCUGCAUUACAGUCUUUGUCCACUCUGUCGUGCUGUAUUUGUCACUUUACUUAUUGUUACGUUUAUUAUUACCAGAGCAUUGUUUACGCUGUGAGUUUCACCUGAGCAAUGAAUUUCCUUGCACCCACAUUACUAAUCUGUAAUCUGCAGAUUUUAUCCCAUGUAAUUCCACACUCAAGAUAUUGUUCAGACCCCUCUCAUUCACACUCUUCUUUUAGCCCUCCUCCCCACAAACUCUCCACCUUCAGCAAUGAUCACUCCGUCCAUGAUUCCUUUGUCCAUUCGUCCCUCCUCACUAAUCUGCCUCCCUGCACUUAUCCCUAAAAGUGGGUACUCCUGCCCACUCACCUCCUCCCUCACCACCAUUCCGGGUCCCGAACCGUCCUUCUGGGUGAGGCAACACUUCGCCUGUGAAUCUGCUGCGGUCACCCGUAGGGUCUGGUGCUCCCAGUGGAACCUCCCUUGCGUUGGAGAGAUCUGUCAUAAAUAGGGGGACUGCUCCGUCGAACACCUCCACUCCAUCCGUCAAAUCAGAACUUCCUGGUGGCAAACCAUUUUCAUUCCACUUCCCAUUCCCAUUCCAAUAUGUCAGUUCAUGACUUCCAACUUGACAUCUUCCUGAUAUCCCCACUGUCACUGACGCCAGUCCCCAGACAAUUCACUCACUCCAUGUGGUAUCAAGAAUUGGCUGAGAUCACUGGGUACAGCAAAAACUCCAGAACCUGAUGACUUCCCAGCAGCUGUACCGAAGAGCAGUCCUCCAGGACUCGCUCCACCUCCAGUUAAACCUGCAUGAUUACCUGCUGCCCCCCCCCCCCGCAUUCAGUUUACACUGUUAUCACACUGAUUAUGGAAAAUAGGCGGACUGGGCAGUAAACUGGUAAAGGCCCAGUGAGAGGCGAUCGAGCAGCACUCACUCAACAAUAACCUGCUCAUGGAUGCUCAUUUUGGGUUUCAUCAAGACCUUUAGACCACAAGACAAGACAAAGGAGCAGAAGACGGCCAUUCGGCCCAUCGAGCCUGCUCCGCCAUUUUAUCAUGAGUUGAUCCAUUCUCCCAUUUAGUCUCACUCCCCCGCCUUCUCACCAUAAUCUUUGAUGCCCUGGCUACUCAGAUACCUAUCAAUCUCUGCCGUAAAUACACCCAAUGACUUGGCCUCCACUGCUGCCCGUGGCAACAAAUUCCAUAGAUUCACCACCCUCUGGCUAAAAAAAUUUCUUCGCAUCUCUGUUCUGAAUGGGCGCCCUUCAAUCCUUAAGUCAUGCCCUCUUGUACUAGACUCCCCCAUCAUGGGAAUCAACUUUGCCACAUCCACUCUGUCCAUGCCUUGCAACAUUUGAAAUGUUUCUAUGAGGUCCCCCCUCAUUCUUCUAAACUCCAAGGAAUACAGUCCAAGAGCAGACAGACGUUCCUCAUAUGUUAACCGUCUCAUUCCCGGAAUCAUUCUAGUGAAUCUUCCCUGUACCCUUUCCAAUGUCAGCACAUCCUUUCUUAAAUAAGGAGCCCAAAACUGCUCACAGUAUUCCAAGUGAGGUCUUACCAGUGCCUUAUAGAGCCUCAACAUCACACCCCUGCUCCUAUACUCUACUCCUCUAGAAAUUAAUGCCAAUAUUGCAUUCGCCUUCUUCACCACUGACUCAACCUGGAGGUUAACCUUAAGGGUAUCCUGCAUGAGGACUCCCAAGUCCCAUUGCAUCUCAGAACUUUGAAUUCUCUCCCCAUUUAAAUAAUAGCCUGCCCAUUUAUUUCUUCUGCCAAAGUCCAAACAUGGGUCAAAAAGAUGCAUUCCAGACAUGAGGCGAGAGUGACAGCCCUCAAGAACAAUUCAUCCUUUGUCUGUGUGCCAACAAGGAGCCCUGGUCCAACUGGAGUCAUUGGACAUCAGAGGGACAACAGUCCAAUGGCUGGAGUCUCAAAGGAAGCUGUGUUCUGUAUGUAACACCCUGGUUACAGCUUUACUGCUACGCUGCAGGUAUUCCAUUUUUAGCAGUUCUGUAAGAGCAGUCUGUUCUGCUUUCAGCCUGUCUGGGUUACUGCUGAAGAUAAGGGAUGCCGAGGAAUGUGUGUUAUCCAUUCAGGAAGGUUGGUCUUGGUUUUCUUUUGUUCGGUGGGAGAUGGAGAGAGAAGACGCUGGAGAGAACCGGUCGUAGGAUUUGACCCGGUGGGGAUUCGUGAUUCAAUGGAGUCAGGUGCCGAGAUCGACUGAGGAUCGGUGAAUAUGAGUUUUAGGAAGAGUUGAGCUCCAACUUGUGCACAUUUGACUGUCAAAUUAUAAUGGGUCCUUUUUGUUUGUUUUCCUUUCUUUUCUUUACUAACCCUUUAGUUAAGUUAAGAUUCAUAAAUAUAAUUCCUUUAUUUGUACGCAGUGUGCUGUCUGUUGUUUCUGCCAGUGAGUUGUAACAGGGCUGCAGAUUACACAGCAUCCACACAAACCAGGGUUUGGGCUGGGAGAGCCGUCUCAAUUUCACUGGUUUGGUGGGACCGGAGUGUGUCUUCCCUGGAUUUACGCAGCCAGGGAAACCAGCUGGGUUUCAUGUAUUUAAUAUUUAUGUAAGAGUUGAGUAACAUUGUAAAUACAUUGUUUGAUUAAGCAUUCUUUGUUCUUUACAUAAUUCAUUACAGGUUAUACAGUAUGUAAAAGUAUGCAAAUGGCCUCUAUCAUUACACUGACACGUCAUA